GAAUUUGCGCGCGUCUUUCGAGGCCCAACUUUCCUCUCUGUGCGAGUCACUUUGUCGAACAAAGCCACCGACGGAUCUUUGCUUUCCGUUCCGGCGAAUCUUCGUCGCUCGCGGUCAUCGAAGAUGGCGAGACCUACAAGAGACGCCAUCCGAUCGUAUAUUUCCAUCACCGGCGCCUCGGAGUCACUCGCGAUUCAGAGACUCGAGGAACAUGGCUGCAAUCUCGCUGAAGCUGUCAAUGCCCAUUUCAGGGAAAUGGAAACGAUCAUCACAAAUCCAACUUCAAGUGCUUACUCAGAUUACAAUAUUGCGGAAGAUAGCCGCCAGGUCCAAGUUAGGGACACUAGGCAAGGCACGCUUCCUUCCCUCUUUGCGGCUGCUAGAGCUUUCAGGCCAUCUCUGCUACUGGAUCCCAAUUAUAGAAGGAAUAUCCUCAGGCAGAUUGGCGUCUCUGCUUUUACUGGUAGUCCCCCACCAGCCUCUCAUACCGGAGAGGCAACCGGGUUCCCUGCUUACCCGAUGGGGAGAAAUGAUCAGACCCAUCUUUCUGGACCAGGACAGAUCAGCGAUUAUGCUAGAACGUCAUUUAGCCACGGAUCUCAAAUUGGUGGUGAGACUCACAGAGAUGAUGGUUCUUAUCUGUAUGACAACGAUGCCGAGGAAGAAAUGAUCAAAGCCGCCAUUGAGGCUUCCAAGGAAGAUGUUCGAGAUGUACAUGGAAAUAGGAGAAAUACUUUGAGCAGAGAUUCAUCUAACAUUUUUUCUCAAGAUGAUGUUAUCAAACGGGAAGAUGAGGAUCUUGCUCGUGCAAUUUCGUUGUCCUUGGAGGCGGAAGAGCUGGAGAAUGCGAUGCGAGAGCAAAUAACUGAAAUUCAGCCUCACCAUAUGGAGGAUUUUGAUCCACAUAAAUCUGGCACUAAUGAGAUAAACACACCUAAGCCUGGGAGUUCUUCAGUGCACCACGAUCUUGAAGACAUUAAACAAAAGCAGCCAAUUGUUAAUAGCUCUCACCAUGAACAUCAUCUCCAGCAUGUCGAAUCUGCUCAUGAUCCUGACAAGUGGGGCGGUAUUCCUUCAACGGAGCUACAUGAGGCAAUUAUGAUGGAGAAAGCACUUUUUAAUGGAAUAGCAAAUGAUACUUCGCAUAAACGUUCGCCGGGACAUCACACAGAGGAACGUGAGGGAAUUUCAGCUGUGAAAGAAUCAUUUCUUCCUGUAGAACCGUCGGUAGACAAUGAAGGUGCAAUCACUCUACUUAUUCGGAUGCCAGACAGUAACCGUCAUGGACGUCGCUUUCUUAGAUCAGACAAGGUUAAGUAUCUGUUUGACUUCAUAGAUGCUGGUGGGGCAGUGAAGCCUGGAACAUAUAGAGUGGUUAGACCAUAUCCUCGACGUGCUUUUAAUCUUGAUGAUGGCGCAUCAACUUUCGAGGAACUUGGUCUUACCAAUAAACAGGAAGUGUUGUUCCUGGAACUGAUUUAGCAACGUAACACCAAAGACAUGUUCUGGAAGCCUUAGAAACCGUAUCUUUGAUACUCAUAGUAGUAUAUUAGCUCUCUUCCUCUCUGUCAUUUGAUUUAAGAGAGUUUGAAUUGACUAGAAGGCAAAGCUGUUUGUGAACCUCUUGUUAAUCUCAGUUCAGUUGCUCUUA